AGAUCCAGCUCAUCAAAGUUUCAAUUCACAUCUCUAUAACACCCAUACCUCUCUCUCCACGCACUAUGCGCUUCCUCCGUUCCGUUGCCCGCCUUUACAACACCAACUUUGACCGUCGCCCAGUGGCUACUUUGGUAGUCACAAACGGCGUCCUCAACACCAUCGCAGAUGUCCUUGCGCAAUACUCCACCAUACUAAUGCACAACCCGACGCCCCAAACGCCUACCCCGGCUUAUGAUCCGUUGCGUACCCUGCGCUUUGCCAUAUUCGGUAUGGGAAUGGGCCCCAUCAUCGGCCGGUGGAUGCGGUUCCUCGAACGCGCCAUCCCCAUCCCCGCAAAAGCCACGCUAGGGAGGGCAGGGAAGGGAGCAGGCGGGAUACUGACUGGACCGGCAGGUGCAUCUGCUGGAGUGGGUAAAGGGAGUGGAGAAGGGAUACAGCUGGUGAAGAGGGUUGUUGCUGAUCAGAUUAUCAUGGCCCCGAUCGGCCUUGUCCUCUUUGUCGGAUCAAUGGGUAUAAUGGAGGGCCACUCGACCGAAGAAAUCAAGGAAAAAUUCCAAGAUAUCUACGUCUCCGCCAUCCUCGCCAAUUGGAAGAUCUGGCCAGCCAUCCAGGGUAUCAACUUCAAACUCAUGCCGAUUCAGUAUAGGGUCCCCUUCCAAAGUACUUGCGGUAUCGCAUGGACGUUGUAUUUGAGUUUGUUGAAUGCCAAGGGCAACAAAGACCUGGAAGCUCACCAGACUCAUCAAGUUUAAUUAUCAAGCGCCAUCUCCUUGCAGUUUCCUCGCGUCUCUUCCUCCUGGCCAACGCCCAGCGCGCAUGUUCAUGCACAAGUAUAAUUUAUAGAUUUUUUUUUUUUUUUGCUCUUGUAUUCCUUAUCCAUCUUGAUUGAAUCAGGUGAUGGAUAAAAUCAGGUAGAUGGAUAAAAAAGCAGAACACCCAAAGUGAUGCAUUACAAUCAUACCC